UUUCCAUCUGCAUCUCGAUGUCGUAGAGAGUCCCCUGAUCUUUCACCAUCUGCAGGACUAAUUUAGCGUAGAUGAACUUUCCAUCUGAUUUCUCCGUAAUGGUUUCUAAUGCUUCUCUGAUUCUGAUGCACGUUUGAUCGUCUGCUCCAUAUCUCUUCUUCUCAUCAAUAAUGCAACUAGUAAGCCUACGAGUCUCUUCGAACUGAUAAGUUUUUAUACCAACUAUUUACCCUGUAAUUACCUCAGAAAUAAGCUACCCCAUCAUAUACUAUUAGGUAUAUGCUGCGUUUAGAUAGAUAAUAAGAUUAGCUAUGUAUGUAGCAAACAUAUACCUUCAGUAUCUCUUAGGGUGAGGAAUAGGGGAAAUAGGGGUAAUAGGUACUUAGAUACUUGGGUACUUGCGAUAAGAUAAGAGAAAAGAAUAUUGACUUUCCACUCUAACCAUUAAAUGCCCAUAACGUGAUUUAUCCUAUCGUGUUCUUCAACACUUAUCAUCUAUAUCAUAGGAUUAAUGAGUGUAGCAUGGUUGGGAGCAACGCGGCCACGCUCUCUGGCGCCGGUAUUGGCCCGUCUUAGCCCUCCAACAGAAAACCUAUCAUGGUAUACCCGCCGUUUCUCAGGGUCGCAGCGACGCCCGCUAUCUUCCCGGCCUCUCCUCACACUCGCCAUUGAGUCCUCAUGCGAUGACACGUGUGUCACAUUGCUGGAGAAAGACCAUGGCGCUGGCCGUGGAGCAGCGCGCCUCCUCUUCGACAAGAAGAUCACGUCUGAUAACCGGCAGUUUCGAGGCGUGCGCCCUAUAACGGCUGUUGCGUCGCAUACCCAACACCUUGCGGGGAUGGUGAGGGAAGCUAUGCGCGCGCUUCCUGACGCAGGUGUGAUGGAAACGAGAGACGAGGCUACGAGCGGAGACGUAGUUUGGGUCGAUGGUCGGCCGCGCAGGAAACCCGAUUUUGUCACGGUCACACGCGGCCCGGGCAUGAUGUCGAACCUAUCGACGGGUCUCAACACGGCUAAGGGACUCGCCGUCGCUUGGGGUGUACCGCUGCUAGCCGUUCACCAUAUGCAGGCGCACGCGCUGACGCCGCGACUAGUCAGCGCUCUCGAGGCUGGAAAGCGGAAAAGAGCGCAGAAGGAGGGGCAGACACAAAUAGGAGAACAGGAUAAACCGCCAAGUCGAGAUCAAACCCCUGAGCAAGUCUUAACUCCAGCCUUCCCCUUCCUCUCCCUCCUAGUCUCAGGCGGCCACUCCCUCCUCGUCCUAUCCCGCUCCCUCACCAACCACUCCAUCCUCGCCGAAGCCCAAAACAUCGCCAUCGGGGACAUGCUCGACAAAUGCGCGCGAGACAUCAUCCCCGCCUCCGAACUCGCCGCCAGCAACGGCGUCAUGUACGCCGCGCACCUCGAGCGCUUCGCUUUUCCAAACGGCCCGUCCGACUACGCGUACACCCCACCCCCCACACGCGCGGAAGAGAUCAAGAUCUAUGAUCCCGGGUUCGGCUGGAAAUUAACUCCGCCGCUCUCCGAGUCGGUCGACAUGUCGUUUGAGUUCGCGGGGCUGAACGGACAGGUCAUCAAGGUUAUGCUGGAGAACCCGGAUAUGGAGCUUGCGGAGCGCCGGCUUAUUGCUCAGCAUACGAUGCGGCUUGCUUUUGAGCAUUUGGCGAGCCGGUUAUUGCUUGCGCUUUCUAAGAGCGGGGUAGCAUAUGAGGGGAAGGGGAAGGGGGAGGAUAGUACGCUGCUGCGCGAUGUCCGCACGCUUGUCGUGGCUGGUGGUGUUGCAAGUAAUCGUUACCUGAUGCAUAUUCUACGCGGGAUAUUGGAUGUCCGUGGCUACAGCCAUAUCGAACUUGUAUGCCCGCCGCUACCGCUAUGCACUGAUAAUGGCGCCAUGAUAGCGUGGACCGGUAUGGAGAUGUACGAAGCAGGCUGGCGGAGCGAGCUAGACGUCCUUGCUAUCAAGAAGUGGCCUCUUGAUCCGAAUUCUGAGGAUGGUGGUAUUCUAGGAGUCCCGGGUUGGAAGAAUGUCGAAGAGACAAAAUCAUGAUACCCCUUUAGAGAGAAGUUUACAUAUGAUCGGGGGAAAGCGGACCAUCUUGUACGAAUACUAUCUGUACUAUAUUGCAUAGCAUGGUAUUAUAGCAUACACUGGAGUUAGGCUAUCUAGGGAAAGCAAUGCGAAUCUAGUUGUAGAAAGGGGGCAGAAGGUCUUGACUCCUUAAUUGUUGUAC